AUGGGUAAAUUGCAUUAUAUUCCUGGUUCUAAACUACUUUUGUCUAGAAUACUGGAGAAGAAGACGGAUUUGGAGCUUUUGGAGGAAGAAUUUUGCACAGUUUCCGAGAUUCCUCUUAAACUUUCAAAACAGACUAGCAUUGCCGAUAUUCCUAGCUAUUCAAUCAAAACAACAAAUAUGACCCUGCAAUUUAGCGAAAUAGAUACUGAAGCUGAUAUAAACAAGCACCUGUUUAGCCACAUAAUAGUAAACGAUUAUUACAAGGAUAAAACAAUAUUUUUAGCAGGAGAUCCCACAGGGUCAAUAUAUUUUAUAAUAAAAAGAAAAAUGGCUGAAAAUUUAAAGCUGGACAGAAAGACGUUCAACAUUCUACACAUCGCAAUCGUCGUCAUUUUCAACAAAAUUUACUUGCAGGUCCUGGAAGAUACGAAGUUUAUAAAGUGUUCCUCAAGCGAGGAAAACUUCAUUAACACAAGAACAAAUAUCACUUUGGAUUUAAAUUCAAUUAUUACAUAA